AUGGAGGCCCCUAAGGAAGUUCUCUACCACUUCGAGGAGAUGGAGAUCCAUGAGAAGGCUGCCUUCGAUGAGAUCAUCCGCCCCGCCGACAGCUACACCCCCGAUGGUCGGUACUGGGCUGAUUUGCCCAUUGGCGAGCGCGUCGGCUUCUGCACCAAGCAGGACCGCGAGGAGAUCAAGAAAGAGUCCGCCUGGCUCUGGGACAUGAUCAAGACUGACCCUCUGUCGCCCAUCUCCUACUACUUCCGCAACUUUGUUCUGCCCGGUGCUGGUCUUGGUCUGGAAGGUUACGUCCUCUUCUCCAUCAGCAACGUCAGCAGUCUGUUCGAUGUCUCCUUCAAGGAUUGCUGGAAGGACGGCAAGACUUGCGACAAGAACUGGGUCGCCGCUGUCAACUACAUGGAGAUCGUCGGUAUCAUGGUCGGUCAGGUGCUCGUUGGUUAUCUCGGUGAUGCUAUCGGUCGUCGCUGGGGUCUGAUUCAGGACGCCAUCAUCAUGUUCGUCGGUCUUAUCAUGCUUACUGCCGCUUGGGGUCUUACCGAGAACGGUUGGGUUAUCUGUUACAUGUGGUCUCUCUUCUUCUACUCCAUCGGUGUCGGUGGUGAGUACCCCAUGACCGCCACCAUUGGUAUGGAGAACGGAUACGGAUCUGGCAAGGUCACCACCGCUCAGGAUCGUCUUCACCGUGGUCGUACCGUCGUCGGUGCCUUCACCAUGCAGGGUUGGGGACAGUUCGCCAACCAGGCUAUUCUCAUCCUUCUCCUGCUGAUCUUCAACGGUGGUCACUCCACUGGAUUCUCCGAGACUACCACCCAGUGGGUCUACCGUGUUUCCUUCGCCAUCCCCGCUGCCGGUACCCUUUGGCUCGUCUACUACCGUGCCUACCACAUGCGCGCUGCUAGCAAGCAGCUUGAGGCCCAGAAGAAGAAGGCUUCGGUCACCGGAUACGACACCCAGUCGCUCAAGCUGACCUUCCGCUACUUCACUCCUCGUCUCAUCGCCACCGCCGGUGGAUGGUUCGCCAACGACGUUUUCUUCUACGGUAACAAGCUCUUCCAGAGCAACUUCAUCAAGGCCAUUUCCCCCAACGAUGACACUGUCAUGACCAGCUGGCUCUGGACCCUGGCCAACGUCGGUGUUGAGCUGGCCGGUUACUACGGUGCCAUGUGGACCAUUGACAACAAGCUCUACGGUCGCAAGUGGGGUCAGAUCAUCGGUUUCAUGAUGUGCUUCAUCCUCUUCGUCGUUCCUUGCUUCAAGUACGACUACUACACCCAGCCCGAGAACAUCCACUCUUUCCAGGCCAUGUACUUCCUGUCCUCGUUCUUCAACCAGUUCGGUCCCAACUGUAUUACCUUCUUGGUCGCCGCUGAGGUCUUCCCCACUCCCAUCCGUGGUACCGCUCACGGUAUUUCCGCUGCCUUCGGUAAACUCGGUGCCCUGAUCAUCGCCAUCGUCGGUUCCUACACCACCACCCAGCAGCGCUUCUACAUUGUGCCCUGGUUCGGUCUGUUUGGUGCCCUCGUCACCUACCUGUUCCUCCCCGAUACCACCGGUCUUGAUCUCCGCGAGCAGGAGCGCCGCUGGCAAUACCUCCGCUCCGGUCGCGAGGCUGACUACCACGGUCCUGCCGUGCACGCCAAGCACUUGUCCAUCUGGGAGCGCUGGACCGGCAAGGGCAAGUACUACGAUGCUGCCCUGGACUACAAGAUGAAGGUCGAGGAGUUCCGUGGUGAGUGGGAGACUGCCAUGGCCUCUCGCAGCACCGAGUCCGAGACAGCCUCCGAGGACGCUUUCGAUGUCGAUGAGUCUGUCCUUUCCGGCUCCAUUCACAAGUACUUCGAGCGCACCAGCCCGAGAAUGGAGGCCAUGCAGAAGGAUAACAUCGACCACCUGGUUCUGCCCGCCGCUGCCUCUGACGAGAAGACUCUCUCCCACGAGUAA